AGGAAGAAAUGCACUUGACUAUUACAAGAUCAGAUAUGGAAUAGAUGUAAGUCACUUGGUAACUGAUGAUCAGAUUUACAAUGGAGAGGAUGUACCACUGGGGGAUUACACAUUCUCACCAACAACUAUCUAUUUAAAAGAAGGUCCCUAUCGCUUGAUUAUUGAGUCAAAGGAAAAUAAGGCACACUAUUACAGAAACCCACCAGAGGUAACUGAAAUUGCAUUUUCUGUGAUAAUACACAAUGAACUUACAGAAGGAGGUACUUUUAACAAAACACUUUACCCUGGGGAUAUAUUGGGGUAUGGUGAAUACAUAAUUAAGACACCAGAGCGUUGUUCAAUGGAUGGAUUAACUGUACUUCAUGUUGUAAGUACUGAUCCUGUGAGAGCUCAUGGAGGGAGUGGCAUUGUCACACAUGCUAAAUAUGGAACAGGUUCCUUUCAACUGUCAUUUGUGAAAAAUGAUGAUGGACUUACUAAAGUAACCAAUGUUCUUCGUUUUCCGGCUAAUUAGAAUUACCAUAACAAUUAGUAAUUAGUCGUAAUUAUAUCUGCUUAUCAUGGAUAUGAAAUAAAUUAAAUGUUACUAAUAAAUCCCAGCGUUAUAUAAAUAAAUCGUUCAUGAGAGACAUAUAGAA